GGGGAGCAAUGCCGAUCGUGCCCGAGGACGCGUGGCGCGGGGACGGCGGGAGCUCCGGCUUCGGCCGCCGGGGCGGGUCGCCGUCGUCGUCGUCGGUGGCGCCGGGCAGCGACAGCAGGGCGGCGGUGCUGCAGUGCGACGAGAUGGAGGAGAGCGACGGGGAGGUUCAGAGCUCUUACAGGGGCCCGUUCGAAACCAUGGACGCGCUGCAGGACGCGCUGCCCAGCAACAGGAAAAGAGUGUCCAAAUUCUUCAAUGGCAAGCCAAGUUCUAACGUCGCUGGUGCUACUCAACCUGCACAAGCCACUGCCAAUCCUGGGAACCCAUCCCCCAAGAAGCGCAAGGGUUUCCUUUCCUUCAGUUUCAGCUGGAACAAGUCGCGGAGCAAAGGUUCAAGCAGCAGGCGUGACGCCGCCACCACCAGCUCAAGGAACCGGAGGAAGACACCUUCCCCAUCUCCUGCAAGCUCCUCUCAGGGCAACAGCAGGGGUGCCAAUGAGCACGCCCGCCGCUGGCUGCAGAGGAGGUCCAACAGCAGCACGAUGGCCAUCGUCUCCGCUUCCCCAACAGCUGCCGCCGCCCUUCGCUCCUCCCAGCUGAUCGCCGUCCAGAUGCAGGCCGUUUGCCUGGAGGACGUGGCGGAGUCCACCGCCUCGCUUUGCCCCCGGGAGAAGCGCAGGAGGAGCUUGCAGUAG